ACCCCUCUUCCCUUUUCCUAUUCUUCUUUAAGUUUUUGUUUUAGCGAUUUGUGUUUUAUAUUAUAGCGAUUAACGUUACGUUGUAAGUUUGUUUUGUAUUACUUGUUAUUGUAAGUUUGCUUUGCGAUUAACAUUGACAAAUUUUAUGGUAUUAAUUAAGUUACCGUUUUAGAAAAUAGUGGUAGAAGUGGAAAAUUUUCCAUUAGGUGGUGCUUUUGUAAAAAUUUUUUAACAGUGAUAUUUUUGGAUUUUUCCCAUCAUUAACUUAGCUUUGCCACGGAUAGGCGAGUUUUGUUCAAUUCGUUAAAAUAAUUUCAAAUUCGAACUCGGCUUGAGUCGAGGUUUAAUAGGCAAGUUUGAGUUGGCUCGUUUAUAAAAAAAGAAAUUCGAGUUCGGCUCAUGAAAUGAGAUUAACGAUAAAAUAUUCGAGUUUAGCUUAGAAAUUGCUGACUGUCAAGUAGGAUUGAUUUAACGGAAUUAGACGUUGAGUGAUCAAGGAUGACAUAAAUAUGUAGUACUGAUGACUAAAUUGAAGGAAAAAAUUUCGAGUAGCAAAUGUGUAACAAAUGUAAUAUGAGUGAUGAAACUUGCAAUUCACUCGGUACUACGAACAUAAUUUUCCAAACUCCUCUAUAAAGUUCCGUGAAAUGCAACGCAAAACCUAACUACCACAGUACCAGGGAUCGGUUAGCUUGACUACCCCUAAAGGGGUAGUGAUUUUUGACACCCCCUUUAUGAUUGGCCAAUUCUAUUUCCAAUCAUUGACAAGUAUUAAUUAAACUGGUUUUUUAUUUUUUUUUAAUCUUGUAAUUUGGGGUCUCUCACCACAUUGGAAAAGAGAAAGAAUCUGGGGAAAAACGAAAUCACCCCCAUUAAUUACAUAAUUAAUUUCUCUCACUGGUACAUUAAUUACACGUACCACUCUACUGGUACACGUACCAGUGGAGUGGUACGUGUACCAGUGGAGUGGUACGUGUACCAGUGGAGUGGUACGUGUACCAGUGGAGUGGUAUUUGUAUCAUUGAAGUGGUACUGCAUUGUUGCUCCGUUAUUGUUUAUCAUUGUUAUGAAAAAUAUCAUUGCACUGGUAUUGUUCUCACUCUAACCUACCUUGUGGAUUGCUCGCACCAGUGGAGUGGUACGUGUACCAGUGGAGUGGUACGUGUACCAGUAGAGUGGUACGUGUAAUUAAUGUACCAGUGAGAGAAAUUAAUUAUGUAAUUAAUGGGGGUGAUUUCGUUUUUCCCCAGAUUCUUUCUCUUUUCCAAUGUGGUGAGAGACCCCAAAUUACAAGAUUAAAAAAAAUAAAAAACCAGUUUAAUUAAUACUUGCCAAUGAUUGGAAAUAAAAUUGGCCAAUCAUAAAGGGGGUGUCAAAAAUCACUACCCCUUUAGGGGUUAGCAUAGUAUCCUACCCCACACUACCACGAUCGAUCGCCGCCACUUAACUUCCGUUUCCCGCCGACGAUGUGCCUACGGCAUUUAGCUCUCGACUUUUCAAGCGACCAUCUCCAAUUUCAAACUCGCCAAGACCUUAUCUAGCAUCCGAUUUUCUAGAUUCCUACCUGAUUUCUCUGCAACCCAUAUGAUCCUCAAAAACCCCAAGUCCAAAUGCAUCAAAACCCUAAUCUCCGCUUCCCUAAAUCCCAUAUUUCCGCUAGCUAGCGGUGCCUACCCACCAAAUCUCCAAUGUUCUUACACGCAAACUCAGAGCUAUGUUCAAGUGACCAUGAAAUGGAAGAAAGAUCCCUACUUCGAUUCAAUCGAGCACAUUCACAAGUCCACGGAGCUGAAACGCAUUGUUUCACUGAAGAACGUCAUAGCUCGGAACCCCAGUGGUUGCAUCCCCAUCUCUGAUGUGUCAAAGAAAGGUCUGCAAUUUGAUCUGAACAUCAAAGUGGCUAGGUUUUUGAGGCAAUACCCAUCAAUCUUCGAGGAAUUUGUUGGCCCCCAGCAUAAUUUGCCUUGGUUUAGGUUGACCCAGAAAGCAGCCGAGAUUGAUAGAGAAGAAAUGAAUGUGCUUGAGGAUCAUAAAGGGGAUAUAAGGGAAAGACUGAAGAAGUUCAUUUGGAUGAGUAAAGAAAAGGCAGUACCUUUGAAGAUCAUCCAAGGGAUGGGAUGGUAUUUAGGUUUGCCUGAUGAUUAUCUGCAGAAAUUCGAUGAUGGGUCUUUCAGAUUAGUGGAUUUGGAAGGUGGGCUGAAGGGUUUAGCAGUUGAGAGCCAAGGAAGAGUUUUAUCUGUCCUGCAAAAGAACGCCAUGAAACAAGGGGUUUAUUCAGGAGAACCGAUGGAGGCAUUAGAGUUGCCACUCUUUCCAUCUAAAGGUUUGAGGCUUAAGAGGAAGAUAGCUGAUUGGCUCAUUGAGUAUCAAAAACUUCCAUAUGUGUCGCCAUAUGAGGAUUACUCCUACUUGGAUACCGACAGUGAUAUUGCGGAGAAGAGGGUUGUGGGGUUUCUUCAUGAGUUGCUUUGUUUGUUUGUAGAGCAUUCAGCUGAAAGAAAGAAGCUUUUGUGCCUGAAGAAGUAUUUCGGUUUGCCGCAGAAAGUGCACAAGGCGUUUGAAAGGCAUCCCCAUAUCUUUUACUUGUCUUUCAGGAACAAGACUCGUACAGCCAUUCUAAAGGAGGCUUUUCGCGAUGAAUCGGCUAUUGAGAGACAUCCUUUGUCGAUAGUUAGGCAGAAGUAUGUUGAAUUGAUGAUGGAAUCCAACCCAAGUUUGAAGAGGCGGAGAAGCACAAAUGAUGAAGUUGAGGCUGUUGAUCAUGAGAAAUCCGAGUCUGAUGUGGAUUGUAACUAUGAAAGUGUAGAAGCAAGAACAGAGUAUUCGUCAGACGGAAUAGUUGCUGGAGGGAGUUGACUUUGGCUAAAAGUAAGAGGGUUCAGCUGAUUGACAGGCUAAGGUCCUCUUGAACAUCUUCUGAGUCCGAGGAAACUAUGGUUGGUUAGACAUUCCAGCUUUGACAUAAGAAAUGGGCAUGAAAGAGUUGGCUAUGGAACCAGACUUCUGCAAUAGCAAAGGAAAAAACUCUUCUGCUGCUCUCCAAAACGUUGGUAACAAACCCUUUACAGUUAC